AACGCUAUAUUUUUUAAAAAUGCAGGUAUAUUAAUCGUUAAAAUGGUGACUAUAAAAGUGAGCUUCCUUUAUUUAAUAACCAUUGUCUUUGCUUCUCUAUACUUCUGCACUGCUGCAGACGAAACAAAAGAACAACCAGAACAACCAGAACAGCCAGCAGUUGAAAACACAAUCACUGAAGUAAAACCAGAAGAGAACGAACCAAAAAACGCGACAAAAGUUGAAAAUGUUAUUCCCAGCGUCCAUAACCACACCUUGGACAAAGUUCCAGGUUUUUUUAACAUGGAGAAUAAUUAUCCGAUGCUAAAACGAGGAUUUUAUGUCAUGUUAGUGGCAAUGUCACUAAUGAUGGUGUAUAUGGUGGUGAAAUAUUACAGAACCAAAAAGCGCAAAACUAAACGCUAUGGACUCCUUGGUUCAAAGAACGAAAAUAUUGAGUUAAAUGCUCUUCAAAGUGAUUCUGAAGACGACUAUACGGUGUUUGAGGCAAAAACCUUUCAUUGAAAUGAUGUUCAUUUUUAUGGGUGUACAAAGAAGCAGAAAGUGAGGAAAAUCACACGAAUAACACACCAACAUUGUUUUAUUCAUCGUCAUUGGAGAAAAUGUUUUUUAUUCAUCGUCAUUGGAGAAAAACAUUUUACUGCAGUCAUAAAUUGUCUCAUUUUAUCUAUGCCAGAGUCUAGGCUUAGUUUUGGUCUUUUUGUUGUCGUAUUUUGUGUAAUUUUUAAUACAAUUUCUUCCUAUUAUGUAGCUUGGGCAAUUUAGAACAAUAUGUAUAUAUAUUUAUACACUAUGCUGAAACCUGUAUGGCAAAUUGUGGGGUAAAAGAUUGAAAAGUACAUUUUUGUUUUAUUUAAUAUGAACCAGUGGCGAAAAAGCUUAACCUCAGCUGGGCAAAAGCAGUUCAUAUCACUUUUUUCAUGCUUUAAUAGUUCAUAAUUUGUUAACUGAUAACAUUUUUUGAAAAAAACUUUUUUUUAUCAGUGUGGCCUAUUUUGCCCUGUGGAUGUAAAACACUGCUGGUAAAAAGUUUUACAAAUGUAUUUUUUGUUUAUCAAGUAUGGUAUUCAUUGAUGUAUUCAUCAUGCAUGGCAUAUGUUUUCUAAGCUACCUGCAUGUUUUAACACACAAGGUUAGUUAAUAGUUUGCAAUAGUUGUCUCGUAAUUUAACCGCACUGUGUAGAUGUAAUUGUGGAAACUUUUUUACGACAAAAGUUCCCUAUUGUGCACCAGUUAUUAUAUUGAUUAUAAACUUAUGUAUAAUGGAUGUUACUGUUUAUUUUAAUGUGUUUAUCAUUUUUUUAUGGUCAAGUAUAGCUUAGCAUAUACCAAUAUUGAAACAGUAAGCUUGGUUAAAAUUAAAAUGUAAAACUCUGUGGAAUGAA